GUUUAUUUCAACACCCCCCCAACGGAACCCACUCGAUACAUAUCCGAUAAGUGUCCACUAAUUACUAAUUACAUCAACAAAGCAUUAUGUUACCUCCACAAUCAGAUUCCUUCAUAUCCGACGAAGAAGAGGACUACUGUCCUCUUUGCGUUGAAGAGUUGGACAUUUCCGACAAAAACUUCAAGCCAUGCCCGUGCGGGUACCAAAUCUGUCAGUUCUGCUACAAUAAUAUCCGUCAGAAUCCUGAGCUCAACGGAAAGUGCCCUGCGUGCAGACGCACGUAUGACGAUGAGAGCGUGGAAUACAGACAGAUCUCGACCGAGGAGUACAAGCUGUUCCAGUCCAAGAAGGAGCGCAAGGACCGUGAACGCAAGGAGCGCGAAAAGGCCAAGAAGGAGAACGAACAGUUGUCGCGCAAGCACCUCUCGGGAAUGCGUGUGAUUCAGAAGAACCUCGUGUACGUGGUAGGGCUCAACCCGCCAGUGAACUCGGACGAGUUGCACAACGUGCUCCGCCUGGAGCGCUACUUCGGGCAAUACGGCAAGAUCUUGAAGAUCGUGGUGAAUAAGCGCACGCCCAACCCUACGUCGCACCACAUAACCGGCACGGGGCUCGGUUUUGGCGUGUACGUGACUUUUGCGCGUAAGGAGGACGCUGCACGCUGCAUCAAUGCGGUCGAUGGCUCACUCCUCGAUGGACGUACUUUGAAGGCGGCGUACGGGACCACCAAGUACUGCCUGCUGUACCUCCGCGGGCAGGCGUGCCCCAACCCGAACUGCAUGUUCUUGCACGAGCCGGGCGAGGAGGCGGACCUGUACACGCGCCAGGACUUGUCGACGCGCGCGGGCAUCAAGAUGGGCAGUGCAAUGAUCAACGGUCGCGAGAUCGAGAUCAUGGAAGGCGGUUUCAUCCUCGAGUCGACGCCUCUCAACGUCAAUGCCGCAUUCAAUACGCCGAUUUCGCAUGUCAAUGCGCACACUCCGCUCAGUGAAAUUACGUUGCCGCUGACGGCCGCGUGGGCGUCCAAGAGCGCCGCGACGCCACUUGCAGGCUCGCCUGCAAUCUCUAACACGCCGUUGGCCAAUGAAUCGGCCUUCCCGACGUUGGCCGAGAUGCAGCAACAGCAGGCGCCUGCUGAAAAGCGCAAGAAAGAAAAGUCGCCGGGCGUAGGCACGGACGCGGACGGCGGUGUGUCGCCGUACUUUGCAACGGACGACGAUGCGCAGUUCGCGUCUCAGUUUGUGCGUGCAGGUGCGAACUUGGUAGAGAACUACAACAAGCUUAACUACGCUGUCCGGGAUGUGGAUGACAGGUUGGCUGACUUUCCGCCGUUGUUUGCGUUCAACGUGGAUGUUACCGCCCACUGCAAGUGCGACAGCUCUAUUAUCAACAAGUUGGUCGAGACGUUGUUGUUCCGUCCUUACAAGGCACUCAACGGCGGCUUCGUGGCGCCCGUUGCGCCGCAGGCGCCACCGCCACCACACGUGCAGCAAAUGAUGCAGCAGCACAUGUUUAAUAAGAUGAGAGAUACUGCGACGCCGCCGCCGCCCGGUUUGUUUGCGGGCCAGUCACAGGCAUAUAUGCAGCAGAUGCAACAGUUCCAGAAGCCGCCUCCGGCGGGCGUGGAUGUGGGUGCCAACUCCAGUGAGUUGUUGAGCCAGUUGAUGAAUGGGAAGAAAAUCGGGGCCUAG